AUGACAAAUCAUUUCAAAAUCGUCGCUUAUAAUAUUUUCGAGGGUGGAGUCAAUACUUCUAACCCUACCGACAAUGAACAACCUUCCAAUCGGCUUAAUGCUAUUGCCGCUUUUCUGCGAAGUUUAAAUGCAACAUUGAUCGUUCUCACUGAAUUGAAUGGUUUUGACAGUUUACGGUUUUCAGAAUUUGCCAAUCAAUGGAACCAUCAACAUACCGCUUUUCUUACUGCCUCUACUGGUUAUCAUCUUGGAAUUUCAUCAUUAUUUCCACUGAUUGAACUUGCUCAAUCAUAUUUACCAGUUGGAUCUACUUGUCCAAAAAUUUUCCAAACACCAAAAUUUGUAACAUCACGUAAUAAUGGCUAUGUUCAUAAAUCACUUCCAUCAUUUGAUAAUGACUCAUUGAAUAAUGAUCCAUCACUAUUACAAUUCCAACAAAAAAUAUUAGAAUAA